CUGGUGUGUGCGACGCCGUUUCCAAGGUUUCUUCUUUACUUUCGUAUCUUCAAAGCCCUGCACUCGACGGACUAUUUGCUUUCUCAACAUUUCUUCUUGUAUAUUCUCUUCCUAGAAUUACCGUAUCUUACCUUCCCCGCAGCUCUUACUUUCAAUUGUUCGUCAUCUUAUGAGCUUACAUCGCUAUAGAGUUUGCUUCAACCCCCUAUAAACCGGAGUCCUUCGUCGCUGCCGCAACCGAUACCGUCACCAUCGCACAUGUGGUCCUAAACAGAGUCUAGAUUUCCGCUUCGACUCUCCUCCUCCCUCUCCCUCUCCGCCUUAAACAUCGACUAUCGAACCGCAAUGGACGCCGAUAUCUUCGCACGAAGUGGCGGCCUUGGCGGCGACGCGAGCGAUCGACCUGGAUUCUAUAAGCCCGUUGGUAUUGGUUUGGCUGUUGGCUCUGGUGUCUUUAUCGGUAUCUCUUUCGUCCUCAAAAAGGUUGGGCUAUUGCGCGCCAACGAGAAAUACAAUGAGGUUGCUGGAGAAGGGUAUGGAUACCUCAAAAACUUCUACUGGUGGGCGGGCAUGACACUUAUGAUCAUUGGCGAAAUCCUCAACUUUGUCGCAUAUGCCUUCACCGAUGCAAUCCUCGUCACUCCUCUGGGCGCAUUGUCCGUUGUUAUUACAGCUAUUCUUUCAGCCAUUUUCCUCAAAGAGCGCCUCAGCAUGGUCGGAAAGGUUGCUUGCUUCCUCUGCAUUGUCGGCUCGGUUGUUAUUGUUAUGAAUGCUCCCCAUACAUCAUCCGUCAGCGAUAUUCAAGAGAUGCAGAAAUACUUCAUUACACCAGGGUUUCUCACCUAUGCCGGCCUUAUUAUAGUUGGGUCUAUCGCCACUGCACUAUGGGCUGGGCCGAGAUAUGGUAAUAAGAAUAUGUUGGUCUAUAUCUCAAUCUGCAGCUGGAUUGGUGGACUGAGUGUCGUAUCGACUCAAGGACUGGGUGCUGCUAUCAUUGCUUGGAUUGGCGGCAAACCUCAAUACAAGGAAUGGUUCCUAUGGGUUUUAUUCGUCUUUGUCAUUGGGACAUUAUUGACGGAGAUCAUUUAUCUCAACAAAGCGCUCAACAUCUAUAACGCAGCCCUCGUUACACCGACAUAUUACGUCUACUUUACAAGUACGACUAUUAUCACGUCAGCAAUUCUUUUCCAAGGUUUCAAGGGCACUGCCCAGUCUAUCGUCACCGUUGUUCUAGGUUUCUUAACAAUUUGUUCGGGAGUAGUGUUGCUACAGCUUUCAAAAUCCGCAAAGGAUGUGCCCGACGCAGCAGUCUUCAGCGGCGACCUCGAUCAGAUCCAGACUAUUGCCGAGCAGGAACAGCCAGAGUCGGAACCCAAGGCCGAUGCCAUCCGCGGAGCCGCUGCCAUCGUGCGACAGAUCUCACAGCGACGACUUAGAAUGGAAGCCGAAGAGCUCAAGCGACUCCACGAGGAAAAGAUGAUGAUGGACACAAUGGACCCUAUCCGAGAGGAUGGACAGCAGCCAGAGUGGGAAUGGGAUGGCUUGAGAAGAAGACGAACAAUGACUUUCAGGACCGGAACGAUUAGCAGCUCUAGGGCAGGAUCAGUCACAUCGCCUCCGCCACCGAUGCCGCCCACCUCACCCCGUUUUGCUGUAAGACCAAGCAGUCCAAGACAACAUCCACCUUUAGGCAUGUCGCAGUUUCCACCGGUCGAAGACGAAGACGAUAGCGACGAUGACAACAACCGCCAGGAAACAAACACACUCUUCUCUAGCAUUGCAGGUACCAUUCGAGGUAGAGCCCGAGGCUUUACCAACUUCUCAGGCCGACACGCCAACGACGAUCAUGAAGACGAUAAACCCCGGCCCCGCAGCCCGAUGCACCCGGUACCCCUGACUGAGAUUGCCGUCCCCCGGGAUAAGGCCGACGAAGAACACGCCGCUUACUAUGGUCAAACUCGGGAGCACGAGUAUAAUGGACAGGAUACUGAGUACCGAGGGGCGUCAUUCCGAAGUGGUGACAGCUUAGCGCCUCCGACGCCCCCGCCUCAUGGACAACCUCAGGAUACGACACGACGUCAGUUUUCAUUCCAUAAUGUGUUCCGGCGGCCUCACUCAUCGUCUAGAUCAACAUCACACGUCGCGGACCCAACGGAGGAAGAGCGGGCCGGACUCGUCAAGGACGCUAGCCAGCCGGGCCCAGCUUUUCUCUAG